AUGUCUCAGACGCAGCAGAGGAAGGAAGAAGAUACUAAUGUGCAAGAGAAGAAGAAGUUAUCAAACAUUGAGGAGAACCAUGACAAAGAAGAUCAUAGAGUGAAAGAUCAAAAGGAAGAGCACCAACUUCCUCUAAUGGCCUUGAAUCAUGUAUCGAGGCUGUGUAGUAAUGUGGAGGAGUCGGUAAAAUUUUAUACUACAGUCUUGGGGUUUGUGAAGAUCGAGAGGCCACUGGCUUUUGAUUUCGACGAUGAUUGGUUGUUUAACUAUGGAGUUGGGAUUCACUUGGUGCAGUCCAAGGAUGAGGAUAGGCUACCUCAUCAAAAUCAUCUGGAUCCCAUGGACAACCACAUCUCAUUUCAGUGUGAGGACAUGGAUGCAAUGGUGAAGAAAUUGGAGGAGCUAAACAUAGAGUACAUGAAGAGGACAGUGGAGGAUGAUAAAAAUGGGGCAAAAAUUGAUCAAUUAUUCUUCAAUGACCCAGAUGGAUUCAUGGUGGAGAUAUGCAAUUGUGAGAAUCUCAAGCUUGUUCCUGCAGGUUCCAUGGGCAAAAUAAAGCUGCCAUUUGAUAGACAUAAUCCUCCUAUGGAUGUGAGCGACAAUGGUACUGAAGACAAGUGA